AAUGAAAGGACUGGGUAAAGUAUUCCCAUUUCUUCCAGGUUUCAUUAAGGUUCUCAUUUGAGUUGGAACAGGCACAGCGUGACAGUGAGGAGCUGCCCUUGACUUCACCACCUCCUGCUGGUGAAGAGGAGCUGAUGGCUGGCUCUCAUUGUGCCUGUGUCAUCGCACUCCUUGGUGAACAUUUUAUUUACUGCUUGGAGGUUAAAACACGACCCCCACAAUGUCAGCUCAUCCCUUCCCUGCUGCUGUUUUUACAGAAACUAUUUCUGUAUCACACAAAAAACAACAUGGUUAUAAGAUUUGACGUCUUUUUUUUCAUUUUAACCCUUGUGUUGCCUUCGGGUCAUUUUGACCCGAUUCAAUAUUUAACCCUCCUGUCGCCUUCGGGUCAAUUUGACCCGAUUCAAUGUUUAAUGUCGGUGUUCUUUCGGGAGUCAACAAACAAACAUAAAGUACCUCACACUUAAACUUGGAAAACAAUAUUAAUUCUAAUAAUUUUCUGGAGAUUUUAAUAGCUGGGGUCAUAUUGACCUCAAGGGUAAAAUAUGUUAGUAAAUAUAAAGGUAACAGGAGGGUUAAACAUUGAAUCGGGUCAUAUUGACCCAAAGGCGACAGGAGGGUGAAACAUUGAAUCGGGUCAAAUUGACCCGAAGGCAACACAAGGGUUAAAAUGAACAUUAUUUUCGUGACUUAUCACCAUUUUUUUCCCAUGACAAAAACUCUAACACCCCGCUGUUCCGUUAUCACAACGUGAUUAAAAUACCACAUUUACCACUUACUGCCGCUGGACCGCAAUUCUAUGGAUUUGGUUUUCCGAGGACGCGGUACAAAGUAAUAACAUGUCUCCAAAUGCAAUUCAGAUUCAAAUAGCAGCGGCUUACUUUACACAUAACGUGCAAAGUAUAACACUCUCCGGUGGUUUUGUGUCACACGGAACAUGCCAGGUCGUGUUCUUUCCGACAUCCAAGACGCGCUUCCUUCAUUAUGGAUACACACCGACGUCUCUCUCUCUGCUGUGGACAGGCCAGGAUUGUCAAACCCUAAAAAAGACAGAUGAGACGCAACCCCCCUGGGCGAAGGGCGUUAAGAGUGUGUGAACUCCUCCUUUUGUGUGUGUGACAAAGAAUAUACGUGUGAUAAAAUGUGCAUGCAUCCUGGUGUGUGUGUGUGUGUGUGUGAGUUUGUGUUUGCAUGUGAGUACGCCGGACAGACAGGAGGAGGGGUUUCGUCACUUGUCCGAUCACUUCACGAAGCGGUCGCUUUCAGUUUGGUGUCUGAACCAGGCGCUGACCGUGUGGCGGACCGAGGACCAGCAGCAUGGAUGGGAUCUGGGCUCUGGUUGUGUGUGCAGGAGUUGUGUGUGACUCAUCCAGGACAUUGUUUCUGAUCUCAAGUCCAGAGGUGGUGCAUUCUGGGACACCAACUUCGCUGGCUGUCACAGUCUCCGCUGACUUCCCUGUCAGGGUGACUGCUGAGGUGGCACAUGGCAACACCAAAGUUGCCCAAACAGAGGACUUCCAAGGAGGUUUGACCAGAGUUCUCACGCUGCCUCCUUUUCUUGGACCUACAACUGCGGAUUCCCCCUUAAGCUUGACGGUGAGGGGCUACCGAGGGAGCGAUCUCAUUUUCACCAACACCUCCACCCUCCGCUUCAGCCCUAGGAAUGUCUCCACCUUCAUUCAAACGGACAGAUCACGCUACCAACCAGGCGACACCGUCAAAGUCCGAGUGGUGUGUGUGCAGCUGGAUAACCGUCCGUACAAAGGCCCGGUGGAUAUCUCCAUACAGGAUCCCAGAGGGAACAUUGUGGACAGGUGGGACUCCUCUGGGAACCCGGGGAUUGUGUUGUGGGAGUUCAGUCUACCCCAGGCCAUCCCAAAUCCUCUUGGCCAGUGGGUGAUCACAACCACAAUGAACGGCGUCACUGAUGCGAGAGCCUUCACUGUGGAGCGUCACGUGCUGCUCAAGACGCCUUUACAGGUCCUCGUUGGAGAUGACAUAACCGGAUCAGUGAGAGCACUGAGCACAAGCGGACAACCUGUGCAUGGGACACUAACUGUCUCGGUCACUCUGGUGCCUGAUACUGCGUCUCCAUUAACGCUAACGCAAACUAAAUCGAUCUAUGGGUCGACACAGUUUUCCUUCAGCAACGCUCUGCUGGAAGGAAACAGCGGUGGUGUACAUGUUGCUGUCUGCGUCACUGACAACUCCACAAGAUUUAGUGUGAAUCAAAGCGUUGAGGUCCAGCACACAAGGAAAACCUUCCAGCUGGCGUUCCGUGAUUCGCCGCCUACACUCAAGCCAUCUUUACUCUUCACUACAAAACUGAGGAUCUCAAGAUAUGACGGAAAGCCGCUCGGCGCUCAGGAUCUGACUCACUCUGCCGUGAUUGAAGUCACUCAGACGUCAUCCACGAUGAAGACUGAAGCUACGACUCUGACACUUGCCGUGCCGGAGGACGGGGACAUCCACGUUCAGUUCAAGUUACGGGAGCGAGUCGGGAGGCUUUUUAUCCUGGCACGAUUCCAGUCCAGUGAGGAGACUCUGACUGUCGACAACACCCCCUCCUCUCCGAGUGACUCCUACAUACAGAUCUCCCCAAAUGACACCUUACCUGCACAGAUUGGAUUGCCUCUUCAGAUCGAUGUACGGAGCACCUUUCAACCAACUGAGCUGCACUUUGUGGUGAGCUCUAGAGGUCAAGUGGUGGCCGCCGGGACCCAGAAUGCCUCCUCUUUUUCUCUGACCCCAACAGUGUCCUGGUCCCCUUUGGCCUGCGUCACCGUCUACUGCAUCCUCCCUGACGGAGAGGUCGCCAUGGACACAGCGCACAUCCACAUCAACCAACACAACUAUGGCUCUCUGAGCUGGAGCACCGAUAAAGCUCAGCCAGGUGAGCAGGUGUCGCUCACCGUGACGGGGCUGGAGCCCAGAUCCCAGUUGGGAAUCGUGGUGAUCGGGGCGCACGACGACGCUCCGCAGGGUCCCCUCGACUUAAAAGUGGAGCAGGAAUGUAACAUUAGGAUGCUGACCAAUGCCAGACUAUAUCAGAACAACAAGCCUGGUGGACCUACACAUGACGGGGAUGUCCUCACGGUAGAUAAGUAUUGGAGCCGUUGGAUGGAUGCCACUGAAUCCUUGCUGUGGUUCGACACUAGUGUUAGUGAUGAAACGUGGACCAGUGGGAACAUAAAGGUGCCGGACGGCGUCGCGUCUUUGAGAGCUUUUGCACUGGUGAUGUCGGACACCCUGAGUCUGAAAUUCACUCGUGUGCCACAAAAGCUGGCCGUGUCCAAAGAUUUUUCCUUGACUCUGGAUGUCCCAUCAUACCUAAUCAGAGGAGAGGAGAUUGUGCUGGAGGUGAACAUCAUCAACCAUUUAGAGCAUGACAUAGAGGUAAUUGUGCUGUUAGCCCAGAGUGAGGCCUUCGAGUUUGUUUUGGCAGACAAAGGGGAUGUCUCGGUGGUAAAUGCCCAAAAGCUCAUCAUGGGGAGUCAUGUGUCUGCUUCAGCGCUGUUCCCUAUAAGACCCUCAGGUCUGGGAGAGAUGGAAAUAUGUGUGGAUGCCGUAUCCGCGGAGGCCUCAGACAGCCUUGUUUGGAGAGUGCUUGUAAAGCCCGAGGGAGUUGAACAGUCCUUCUCUGAGACUCUGUUCCUGGAGAUGGAACCAACGAAAUACAACAGCUCCAGAUCCCUCUCCUUCUCCUAUCCACCAGAUUUGGUAGCGGGCAGCCAGAGGGCCCAUGUGGCGGUGGUUGGGGACAUCUUGGCCUUCUCCAUCAGCAACUUGGAUUCGCUGGUUCAGAUGCCUCUUGGUUGUGGGGAGCAGAACAUGAUCCACUUUGCUCCAUGUAUUUAUGUUCUCCAGUACCUGGACAAUUUAAUUGGCAAUGAAGAGAUCAGGAGCCGGGCUCUGAUCUACAUGAUGGACGGAUACCAGAGACAACUGUCCUACCAACGAGACGAUGGUUCAUUCAGCGCUUUUGGAGCCAGCGACACGUCCGGCAGCACAUGGUUGACGGCCUUCGUGCUGAGGUGCUUCCUCCAGGCUCAGCGCUACAUGCAGGUGGACCAGAGUGUCCUGACCAGAGCCCUGACGUGGCUCUUGAAACACCAGGGGCCUCAGGGUGAGUUCAGUGAGGUGGGCAGGUUGAUCUCCACGGAGAUGCAGGGAGGACUGGACGGCGGUUCAGUGGGACUCACUGCCUACGUUCUGAUGGCGCUGCUGGAGGACGACAGCUACGUGGAAACGCACCCGGGCAACGUGUCCCUGGCUCAGAGAUACCUGGAGAACAAGGUGUCCAGUGGCGCGGUGGUCAGUAACUACAGCCUGAGCCUGGUGGCCUACACCUUGGCUCUGGCCAGUAGUCCUGUGGCGGGCGCUGCCCUGGAUGAGCUCCACAGGAGAGCCGACUACAGAGAUGGAGUCAUGACGUGGGGAUCCUCGGCUGGCCUGGAGUCACAUGACUGGCAGACGCGCUCGGCACAGAUCGAGAUGGCCUCUUAUGUGCUGCUGGCUCUGUACCGGCGGGGCAGCUUGGUGGAGGGCAUUGAGCUGUUGAAGUGGUUAAGCAAGCAGAGAAACCAUCUGGGAGGCUACGGGACGACACAGGACACGGUGGUGGCCCUCCAAGCUCUGGCUUUUUACGCUGCCUUUAGCGGCGCCACCGCCAUCGACCUCCGGCUCAAAGUAUCUUCCCCAACGUCUCCGUUCGUGUCACAUUUUAGCAUCAACUCCAGCACCUAUCUGACGUUAGAGCGCCAAGAGAUCAAUUCUGACAAAGAUCUAAACCUACAUAUAUACAUGGAGGGAAGAGGAUUUGCAAUACUUCAGAUGAAUGUCUUUUACAACUUGGAGACCAAAGCUUUUUCACAGAGCCUGCAGCGUGCCAAAGACGAGGGGGCUUUCUCAUUAACUGUUGAUGUUACUGUUGAAAUGGACCACAAUCACAUGCUGCUCGUGAUAUGCACCGGGUUGAAGGACAGUCAGCUGAUAUCUCACACGGGCAUGGUCAUAUUGGACGUGGGCCUGCUCAGUGGCUUCAGUCUCUCUCCUGGAGCUGCUGCCCUGACGGGUCUCAUCAGGAAAGUGGAGAUACUUCCUGAGAAAGUCAGCCUCUACCUAGAUUCACUGAACAAGUCGGAGGUGUGCAUCAGACUUCCUCUCAUCAGAGAUUACAAAGUGGCUCGCGUACAGGAUGCUGUGGUCCAUGUCUACGACUUCUACGAACCCACGAGAAAGGCAAAGAGGACCUACAACUCCGAUGCUCUGCAGAACAUGAAUCUGUCCAUCUUCUGCGGUGAAACGUAUGAGCUCUGUAGGCCGGGAAUCACCAUCAGCGUGACCUCCCCACUGCUCUCUCACUCUGUGAGCAGUGCCGCCUACAGCUUCAUUUGCAUAUGUCUUGGAGUCACUGCUUCUUAUGGUGUAGUCUAAUUAGAAUGAAUUGUAGCGAUGAUAUAAUUAGACAUAAUUAAAAAUAUUACACAAAUUGUAAUAUGCACCAGAUGCAGUUAAAUGUGUGUUUCUUGACAAGUGAUUGUAAUAUUUAGAGGCCUGUUUGCGUGCUGCUCUUUUGCUUUGUGCACAUGCCUUCUACUGUUCAUGAAGUGUUUUUUAUUAUUUCUAUUAAAGGGGACAUAUUAUGAAAAUUCCA